AUGGUUACGGGCGACGUAAAAUCUAACGGGAUGACGUCAGGCGUACGUGCGCUCCGGCCCGGGUAGCAGGCGGGCGGCCUGAGGAGCUGGUGCCGCGGCCUGGGCAGCAGCACAAGAAGAAGCAGUUGGUGCAGAAAACAAGUAAAAUGGCCAAGGUGCUUUGCACCAAGGCCAGGCUAGUUACUUACUUGCCAGAGAUUCAGGCAUUGGUUAGAAGGAUUGCAGCCAUUAGAACAUUUGCCACAGCGGGCUCUUCAGGGUCUGAUGAACCUUACGUUGCAGUUAUACCACUUGAUCAAGGUUUGCAGACUGUAUGGCCUGAUGAAAAGAUGGGGCCAUUUGGACCUCAGGAUCAACGAUUUCAACUGCCGGGUAACAUGGGGUUCGAUUCCCAUAUUAAUGGUGUUACUAAUCUGAAGAGAAUCUCAGUGCGCAGAACGCUACCAGAUGUGCUGACAGAGCCAUUAUCCAGUGAAAAGCACGAGUUCAUCCUUGCACAAUUUGUCAAUGAAUUUCAGGGAAAUGAAGUUGAACCUCAACCACAGCAGAUCACUAUUGCAGAAAGUUACUUCAAGAAUGCAAAGGUGGAAUGUGUCAUACAAGCCUGCCCAGAACUUCUACGCAAAGAUUUUCAGUCUAUGUUUCCCGAGGCGCCAGCUGCUGGAUUUACAGUUCUUACUGUAACCCAAAGGAGUUCUAAUGAUAUGACUAUAUGGAAUGAAGCAGUUGAGGAGGAACGUGAGCAGCUACUGGAAAAAUUCAUUAAUGGUGCUAAGGAAAUCUGCUAUGCACUGCGCUCAGAAGGUUACUGGGCUGACUUUAUUGAUCCAUCUUCAGGACUCGCUUAUUUUGGACCGUACACAAAUAAUACACUAUUUGAAACGGAUGAGCGCUAUCGACAUCUGGGUUUUCGCAUUGAUGACCUUGGCUGUUGUAAAGUUAUUCAUCAUGUGCUCUGGGGGACACAUGUAUUUGUUGGAAGCCUUUUCACAAACGCACCCACAGAUUGCCUUGUUAUGAAAAAAUUACAAGGGAACAAAUAGCCUUGAUGUCAGACUCUGUUUACUACUGACAAAAAAAAAUCAAAAGCCAAGUUUAAAAACUAUUUUAAUAAUGCAUUUUUGAGUGCUCAUGCACUUUAACAGGAAAACUAUGAGAUGUUAAAUAUAUCAGUGAUAUUUAUUUUUAGUUUACAUUUAAUGACAUUGUAUAAGACUGUGAUCAUGAGAAAUGUCUCUGGGAUAUGCACAUUUGCAUUCUAUAUAAAGAAAAUAUCACUAAAGGAGCCAGUCUCAGCAGUGUUCCAAAUGUAUUUUAAAAACUGUUUGUUUAUUGAUGCCUUGUGUUCUGUGGUUUGAUCCAAUUCCAUUGUGGCAGUUUAUUAAAUUUCUGUCAGCCAACAUCUUACAUUUCCCAAAACUUCACAGUGUGGGUGCUAUUGAGUUUUCACAAAACUUUUGUCUGACUUUUCACUAUUACCUGUUGUGACUUAAUUUAUUCCAAAAUGCUUUAAAGCCUGUGAAGUUUUUUAUCUACAUCACAAAAAUCCAUCAACAAACAAUAAUCAAGAUUGUAUAAUUCAUUCUUGGUUAAUUGUAGAAUAAAUACUGUACAGGAAUGCUUCA